AUGCCUGUCCUUUUUGUAUUGUUCUCAAUUCGUAUCUUGUUUUGCGGAAAUGCUCACGGGCCCUUUUAUUUUACAGGAAGAGAUAAUAUACCCCAGCUGCUUUCAACGGCCGAUUCAAGCAAACUCAAUCUGGCCGAACAUAUCCACCGUCUUGAAGAACAGAGGAGAUUGGUUUCGUCAAAUGAAGAUUUAAACUCCCUUAUAAGAGCAAUGAAAUCAUUCACAUCUCUUCAACACGUGAAGAUCUUGAGGGUCCAAGAUGAAGCUGAGCGUGAUUUACGAUCGUUCAUUGAUAGGCAUGAUAAUCCGUUGGACCCGUUAGUAGUGGUGGAUUGGAAUCCUGCAUGCAUUCGCGCCAUUCAAAACGUUGGUCUAGCACUGUUGGAGGCUGGAUCUCCUGCAAAUCGCUUCUCGGGCCCGCAGAUCAACCCCCAGGCUACGCUUACACUGAAGAGGGCACCCGUGCAACUUCUUUCUGCCCUUGCAACAAAGUUGACAUGUCUUGAGAUUCAUUUUGAUGCAAUGAGAUAUGUUAACGCAGAGAUGAGGGAGCUCUCGGAAGUCUUCAAGACCUUAUUCACGGCAGCUAAAAAUAUGGAAGCUAUACACCUGGGGUUCCCAUCUCGGUUACCAUUAGACCUCCAUCUGGAAGAUAUAUUCCAUAACGUGCACUGGGAAAGGCUCCGUGCAUUUGGUAUCCAAGCCUGGAGACUUGACUCGGAAGAGAUUAUUAAUUUUGCUCGACGGCACCGCAGAUCUCUCCGUGGCCUUCGCCUUCGUGAUGUCCUGCUAAAGGAGGGAAGCAUGUGGAAAGAUAUUUUAUCCAUGCUCCACGAUGAAAUGGAAAACCUUGAGUGGGUCAGUCUACGUCGGAUUGAUUACUCCAACGCAUUUGACGAGAAAUGGGCUACAAGCGCAGACAUAUCGGAUAUCCAGUCGUUUCCAAACUCGGAUAGUGAGGAUGAUGAGAUGUUUGAACCAUACGUCCCAGGCAACUAUCACAAUAUCAACGGAGACGAUGACGAUGAUAACACCAGUCUUGGCGAUGAAUCAGACGGCCUCAGUUCUCAUAACGGUGAUGUUGGACCUAGAGCAAACCAAAUAGAAUUGAUACCAGACAAUUCACUGUCUGCUCCGUUGCUUCUACCGCCUUUCACUAACCAGUGGGAGGUUCUAAGCUCUAUUCCGGCAGAUGACCUGGAAGAUGACGGUAGAACGGUGGAUUACCGGCAACGAAAGAUUUGGGAAGCCUGGGUUAUAUCCAAGUCGCGGGUUUCUGCUAGCCAGGACCGUUGUAGGUGA